AUGAUCAGAAUCAAAAAUAAGUAUUUAUUACUCGUUUUCUCCCAAAAUAAUGGGAAACCUUAUGUUCAAAAAUAUUCAGGCAUACGCAUACACAUUUAUUCACAAUUCGCAAGAGCAAGAGAAGAAGAAGAAAAACAAGUAGAAAAAAAUCAGAUGUCAACAGAGCCACCACCAUCACCACCACCACCACCACCAACGCCACAAAAGUUGGACUUUGCUCCUUUACAUCGUUCAGUUGAAUUAGAAAAUAUUCAUGCACAAGUUAUAAAAAAUGAUCCACAACAACCAGAAUCAAAAUCAACACGUAAAAUACUUGUUAAACAUAUGACUGUUAUUGGUGAUGGUAGUGAUAUGGACAAUAGUGAAAUAAUCACACAAUAG